AGGAGUCCCCAGGAGUUAUAGCAGGGAGUGGAGCACAGCAAGGCUGUGCUAGAGGACAAGAGGCUCGGGAUGGGGACAGAGGGACUCCUGUCAUCUCGGGUGCUAUGGCUGCUCCUCUUUGUGCAGCCAUGCAGAGGGGUUGCGGAGGUGAGGCUGGCAAAUGGCAAUGGCGGUGUGCACUGUGCUGGGAGAGUGGAGGUGAAAUACGACAAUGAGUGGGGGACCGUGUGUGACGACUCAUGGGACAUGAACGACGCUGAAGUGGUUUGCAAGCAGCUGAACUGCGGGUCUGCUAUAGAAGCUCCUCACUAUGGACACUUUGGACCAGGAUCUGGCCCCAUUUGGAUGGAUGAUGUUAACUGUAGUGGCUCUGAGUCUGCACUGUCUGACUGCACACAUGCAGGAUGGAAUAAACAUAACUGUUAUCACAGUGAGGAUGCUGGAGUUACAUGUUCAGGUAAGGGACUAGCAUAUUCUCCACUUCUGUGGCCAGUUCAGGUGAAUCAAUGAGCAGAUGCCAGAGAACACCUGGUGUACCACUUGCGGUGAUGAGCUGGGGCUGUCAAUUGCUGGUCCCUGGGAAAGGCCCAUUGGGAGUCCUCAUGUGCCAGCAUCCUGCCUGGCCCUAAGGUGGCUCAACCAACCCUUGGUUGGUGCCUGGGGCAAGGAGAUGAAUCUCCUGCAUCCACGUCAUAAUGUCUAUUGGUUCCCAUCUGUCUCCUCGUGAUCACCCAGGACAAUGAAAGUGAUUAAAGUGGCCACAAACGUCCCUGAGAAGGGUAUGAGGUGGCUGGGAACUUUUGGAUUGUGCUCCAACAAGCACAAACCUCUUGGCCAAGACGAAGGAGCUGCUUGGAGGUGAGCUCUCAGACCACUCCUACCCUCUUCCUGGCCAUUGGCUAGGGACACAUGCAACCAGCAGUGCAUUCUGGCCCUGGAUGAGGAACCCUCCCCAGGCAGGCAAUGGAGCGGGGGCUGGUGCAGACAAUGACUGCAGGAACAACCAAACCAUGGUUUGGACACUUGUGGUGUCCCAUCCAAUAGCAGUGCCCGAACAGUCCAAGGCAUCUGGGAAUGGGGAACUUUUCUGGCAGCUCCAAGUUGUUCCUUUGCCUUGCCAGAGACUGGCAGAGCAGAGCAGGCUGAAAUGUCUGCAGUUUCCAGGCCCAUUACCCACAUGCUGUGGUCACUGCAGUGCUGGGGGAUGGGAUCAGGCAGAGCAGGGGCGCCAGAGCAGGAGAAAUUUGCCUGAGCAGUGCCUGUGGCUUUGGUGAGAAAGAAGUCCACAGGUGCUGGGUUGGUUUCUGAGGAGCAGCAGGGACUCCCUGAUGUGUUUGUGCCAUCAGCACCCACCAAAAGGUGCUGGGAUGGCUGUGGGGCUCUGCAUGUGGCAGCCUUGGAGAUGAGGUGGGACAUAAGAAUGCAAGUGCCAGAGAGCUCACAAGCGUCUUUGGUUGCUCCAGGACCUAUUCGGCUUGUUGGAGGCGACAGUGACUGCUCAGGUCAUGUGGAAAUCCAUGAUGGAAAACAGUGGAGAUCUGUCUGUGACUCACACUUUGGUCCCAAAGCUGCCGAUGUUGUCUGCAGGGAUUUGCUGUGUGGCAAAGCCCUGCUGUUACCCAGAGCAACUCCUUUGGAUGAAGAAGUCAGUCCCAUCUGUGACAGAGAUCUGCAGUAUGUGAUGAAUGCAUCUGUCCUCAUCUCCUGCCUCAAGGAAUCCUCCAUCAACCAUCCCUGCGCCCACGCAAAUGGCACUCACAUCACCUGCACAAGUAAGGACUCAGGGUGGGGUUGAACAUGAGGUUGUGCUGGGGACAGAGGAGCAAGGGAUGGGGCAGUACUGGGUGUGAGAAGUGAAUGAAUGUGGGGGUCUUGCCACACUGAAGUAGUGCAGAAGGAGAAGGGCGCAAUGUCCCUUUGGCUUCUCCAGGUCCUCAGAAUGCCAGAGCAGAAAACCUCCUCUUCUGUUCCCAGAGUACACAGGAUUCAGGCUGGCGAACGGCAGCACAGUGUGUGCAGGCAGGGUGGAGGUCCAGGUGAUGGGGACCUGGGGCACCCUCUGUGCCUCCCGCUGGGAUCUCUCGGAUGCCCACGUUCUCUGUCGUCACCUCGGCUGUGGGUUUGCGGAGACCGUUCCUAAAGGAGGGCAUUUUGGGAGAGGAACCGGCCCUGUAUGGAGUGACUCAUUCCACUGUGAUGGGAGUGAAGCCCACCUGGAUCAGUGCCCAGUGGCCGUCCUGGGGGCCUCCCUGUGCUCUCAUGAGAACGAUGCUGCUGUCAUUUGCUCGGGCCUUGCUCGUCCCAUGUCCCUGCGGCUGGUGGGCGGAGGGAGCCGGUGUGACGGGCGCUUGGAGAUCUUCUGGCACGGGACGUGGGGCAGAGUCCUGGAUGAUCACUGGGACCUGGAGGAAGCCAGAGUGGUGUGCCGGCAGCUGCACUGUGGAGAGGUGGAGGCAGCCUACAUCCCACCGAGGGCCCAGCGAGGGAUGGGCCCUGUGUGGCUGCACGGGGUGCAAUGUGCAGGCCACGAGGCCAGCCUGAGCCUCUGCAGCACCUCCCUGCCCAAGGCCACAGGCAUCAUGGAGGACGUGGGGGCUGUGUGCCGGGGUGAGCAGCACUGCACAUCGCACAGGCACAGCAGCGGACAGGCAGGCAGCCUCUGAUGGCUGGGGCUUCUCCCCACUGCAGGGAGCCGGCGGGUCCGGCUGGUGGACGGGGCUGGGCGCUGUGCAGGGAGAGUGGAGAUCUACUACCAGGGCCAAUGGGGCACGGUCUGC